AAGCAGGCAUGGAUCUGAAGAUGACUGUUUAAUGCCUGUGUCAAAUCAAGAUGCAGACCAGUUGUUAAGUGACGAGUCAGAUUCCCCUCUUGCCCUUGCCAUCAAAGAAUCUCUUGAGGACUUUGAAGUAAACUUUGGACCUGUUAUCGGGGGUGAUGGUGAUAAUCAAGACUCCACCCUUCCCUGGAAUCCACAUGACUUGAACAGUAUUCAGCACUCAACACUGAAUGAUGGUCCUGUAUCAUCAAGCAGUCUUCCACCAUCACCAGACCCAUUUGAAAAAGAACUCCUCCUUGUGAAAUUAAGACGAGUAAACAUAGUUGAUGAUGUUCUUAAUGUCUUCAUGGAACCAAAAGUACUCAAUGCUAAUCUAAAAAUUGAGUUUACAAAUGAGAAAGCUGUGGAUAGUGAUGGUGUGUCAAGAGAGGCAUACUCCGCGUUCUGGGAACAGUUCUUGGAACAGUGUGAGGGUGAAGAUGACCGAGUACCCAGACUUCGACCAGACUAUUCGGAGAAGAAAUGGCAAGCUCUUGGAAGAGUGUGGUUGAAAGGAUACCUGGACCACAAAAUCAUACCAAUCCGACUGUCACCAGCUUUUGUUCUUGCUUGUUGUCAAGGAGUUAGUUCAGUGGAUGAAGACCUCUUGAUUAUGUCAUUUGCCAGAUUUCUUUCAGAGAAUGAGCGUGCAUCACUUGAAAAAGCACUACAGGGCAACAUGGAUGAAACUGUUGAGGAGGACUUACUCGAUGUCUUCUCAAGAAUGGGCUCACACUGCCUGCCCUCCAAAGACAACUUACGUGGUGCCAUUUUGACAAUGGCACACAAAGCUCUUCUUCAAGAGCCAAAGUUCAUAAUUGAUUGUUUCCACUCCAUUAUUCACAAUGCUGUGUCAACAGUCAUGACCAAAGACAGCCUAAUGGAGCUUUACGAAUCUAAGAGGCCAACUAACAGGAAAGUUGCCCAGAUGAUAAAGCCAUCAACUGAAAGCCUAAAUCCACAAGAGCAGAUAGCUCUUAACCACCUGCUACGGUAUGUGAGAAGCAUCGACCAAAGAAAACUGGAGAUCUUCUUGCGCUUCUGCACAGGAUCCACUGUGUUGUGCAAAGACACAAUUGAAGUAACUUUUAAUAGACUGUAUGGUUUAAGUCGCAGGCCUGUAGCACACACAUGUGGAGCAGUUCUUGAGUUACCAUGCACCUACAGCUCAUACCCCGAGUUUCGUAAAGAGUUUGAUAAUGUCCUGUCUGGAGACUGCUUUACAAUGGAUAUUGUGUAGUGAAUGUAAAUAAUUUUACACAUUUCCCUUUUCCACUGAGAUUGUUAUGGCAUUUGUCUGAAACAAGGCAAGGCAAGUUUAUUUGUAUAGCACAAUUCAACACAAGGUAAUUCAAAGUGCUUUACAUACACAUUAAAAACAGCAAGACACAAUUGAAAACAAUAAAAACAGUCAAUUAAAACAGGGAAGAUACAGCAGGAUAAAAAAAAAGAGAUAAAAUAAUAAAAAGCACAAGUCAAACAUUGUGUAGUUAAAAAGUAAGGGCAGUAGAGUAGAGCAGAUAAGUGUUAAAGUUAAGAGUACGCUUCAGUAAACAAUAGUGUUUUUAGUCCUGAUUUAAAGGAGCUGA